AUGAAUUGUAUAUUGGCUUAUAUAGCAACAGUAGCAGCGAUUGUAAAAAUAAUAAGACCAAUCAAGCCGGAAAAAUGCAAACUGAAAAGUCAACCGGGUGAUAUUGUCGAGCAGUUUUAUAAACUAACGGAUAAAGAUGGGCGAGAAAUUGGAUCGAAUUUCGGCAAGAAACCUUAUGUGUUUACGCUUGGUAAAAAUCAAGUAAUCAGUGGAAUGGAUCGAGCAAUGACCGGCAUGUGUGUUGGAGAAAAACGCAAAGUGGUCAUUCCGUCCAAUUUGGGUUUCGGUGAUGGUGGCCGAGAACGUGAUGACAUAAAAGGUGGACAGACAUUGUACUAUACGGUGCAGCUCGUCGACUUGUUUCGACCGGUACCUGGUGACUCAUGGACCGAUAAGGAUGGCAUAAAAAUUGAGGUUACUCAUAAAAUUGAUGAUGAUAAAUGUCGUAAAGCAGAGAAAGGUGAUUCAAUUCAUCAGCACUAUACGCUGCAUCUGGAAGAUGGAACAUUUGUUGAUUCGAGUUUUAGCCGUAAUGCGCCAUUUGUUUUCAAACUUGGCAAUAACGAGGUAAUCGAAGGUAUGGAUCGAGCAAUGACGGGAAUGUGUGAAGGUGAAAGAAGAAAAGUUGUUAUUCCGUGGAAAUUAGGACGUAAACCAUCAAUACCUGGUAAAGCGACGUUGUAUUUCGAUAUUGAACUUAAUAAGCUCAUCAAACGAGAUGAGUUGUGA